AUGAACUUUCCAGAAGCGACCAUUUUCCCUGUCCUUAAGGACAAGGUAGCAAUUGUGACUGGCGGUGCCCAAGGCAUGGGCAAGGCUACGGCCUCCGUAUUUCUCAGAGCGGGUGCCAAAGUUGUUAUUGCAGAUCUGAAGGAAGAGCAAGGUGCUCAGGUUGCAGAAGAGCUCUCUUCUCUCGGAGAGGUCCGAUUCGUCCGUACUGAUAUCUCAAAAUCCGAGGAUGUUCAGGCCCUCAUUGCAGAGACUGUUCGUGCGUUUGGAAAGUUAGACGUAGCGAUCAACAAUGCCGCUAUGACCCCUGACCAAACGUCUCUAGUUGAGGCUGACGAGGAUUACUGGCGUCGUUUAAUCGAUGUGAAUUUGACAGGAACUGCCCUUUGUUGCAAGUAUGAGAUGCAGCAGAUGAGAAAGCAAGGCACUCCUGGUUCCAUCGUGAAUAUCGCUUCCAUCAAUGCUUAUAUGCCUCAGCCAAAUAUGCCGGCAUAUACGGCAGCAAAGCAUGCCCUGCUUGGGUUGACCAAACAUGCAGCAACCGAGGGUGGGCCCACAGGCAUUAGAGUCAACGCUAUUGCUCCAGGUGCAAUUUUUAGCGAAAUGUCUGCCAAGGCCUUGGAGAUUAUGGGUACUACUCAUGACGAAUUCGCUCCCAAGGUCAGCAGCUUGAACAGAUUUGGUCAGCCACAUGAAGUAGCUCAAGGGUCUCUGUGGCUCGCUUCAGACAGCUCAUCGUAUGUCACCGGUAUUAGUCUGCCUGUCGAUGGAGGUUUCUUGUCAAAAUGGUAA